CUCUACUGCAGUUGAAAAUACUUGGGAGCGGAGGCAGAAUCCAUUGAUUUUUCUUGACAAUGUAGCGCUGUCUGUAAGGAUACGGUGACAAAUUGAAUGAGAAUCCUCUUCUUUUUGUCCAUAAUAAUCGCAGGAAGGGCUUAUGUUCUCCUCGCCGCUUGAUUUCCGAGUCGGGGAGCUCAGUGUUGCCGGGGUAGAGUUCGUUUUAGCUGCACUGCAUCAACAUGGGUGUGAUCGGUGUGCAGCUUGUGGUUACCAUGGUAAUGGCCAGUGUAAUUCAGAAAAUCAUACCUCAUUAUUCUUUGGCAAGAUGGCUACUCUGCAGUGGCAGUUUGCGGUGGUAUCAGCACCCUACGGAAGAUGAGUUGAGGAGCUUAGCUGGGAAACAAAAAGGACAGAAAAGGAAAGACAGGAAGUACAAUGGUCACAUAGACAGUAAGCCCCUAACAGUCCCCAAGGACAUAGACUUACAGCUGGAGACGAAAUGCAUCACAGAAGUCGACACAUUAGCAUUGCACUACUUCCCAGAAUUCCAGUGGCUUGUGGAUUUCACAGUAGCGGCAACUGUGGUUUAUCUGAUAACAGAACUCUACUACAGUGUGGCUCAGCCCUCAGGAGAGAUGAACAUCAGUGUGGUCUGGUGCCUACUAGUACUCGCCUUUGUCAUUAAGACACUUUUCUCUCUGACUGCCCAUUACUUCAAGCUGGAAGAAGGAGGCGAGCGCUCACUCUGCAUCACUUUUGCUUUCUUCUUUUUUGUUAAAGCCAUGGCCAUUCUCAUUGUCACUGAAAACUACUUGGAGUUUGGUCUGGAGACAGGUUUUGCUAACUUUUCCGACAGUGCUCAACAGUUUCUGGAGCACCAAGGCCUAGACUCCCAGGGUCCCAUAUCUAAACUUACCUUUAAGUUGAUCCUGGCCCUGCUUUGCUCUCUGAUUGGAGCAUUUCUGACCUUCCCUGGUCUACGGUUGGCCCAGAUGCACCUAGAUGCACUCAACCUAACUACAACCAAAUUUACACAGACUCUGCUUCAUAUCAACUUCCUGUCCCCUCUCAUCAUGGUCCUGCUGUGGGUGAAGCCCAUUACCAAGGACUACAUAAUGAACCCCACUCUGGGGAAGGAGAGUGUGCCUUUGAUGACUGAGCAGACGUAUGAUACUUUGCGGUUAUGGGCGAUCGUACUGAUGUGUAUGCUCCGGCUUGCCAUGAUGAGACAUCACUUGCAGGCUUACCUCAACCUGGCCCAGAAGGGUGUGGACCAGAUGAAGAAGGAGGCGGGACGGAUAAAUACUGUGGACCUGCAGAAGAUGGUUGCGCGUGUUUUUUACUACUUGUGUGUAAUCGCACUACAAUAUGUGGCACCCCUGGUGAUGUUGCUACAUACAACUUUGCUGCUAAAAACCUUAGGUGGUCACUCCUGGUGGGUCUAUCACGAAGAGGACCUACCUUGCACCCAUGAAAUGAACUCUGACUCUAUGAUGGGGGCAGCUCCAACACCAGCUACAGUGGUAGAAACAGGAGCCCGAGCAUCAGUAGCCCAGCUCUCAGUUGCCCUGGGUGGCCUGCGGACUGUUUUCAGCCCCUUACUUUUCCGGGGCCUCUUCUCCUUCUUCACUUGGUGGAUUGCUGCCUGCCUUUUCUCCACCUCCCUCUUUGGCCUCUUCUACCAUCAAUAUCUCAUGGCGGCAUAGCAUCACCGGGCCACCAGUGGCACCUGGACCCCCACAGUGCGACAAAUGCAUUCAGCCUGAUCAAAAAAGGACAGAGUGGGGCAAACGGAGGCCUGCUUACAACUCAGCUCUACAUCUCCCCCUUCCUUUCCUCCUUCUUUCUGACUACCGUACAAUAACUUAUCAUAUCCUCAGAGCUCCUGGUUCAACUUCCAGUGCUUCCUCCACAGACCGCGAACUCUUACAUUGUUUUUACUUCUACGACCACAACUUUUUUUAUCUGGUCAGGAAGGUUUAUAAACCUUAAUAAGAGACUGUAUGAGUAAUCAGUAUUGGCAGUGUGUUGGAAUAGUUGUAAAAAAAAAAGAAAGAAAUAAUAAUAGAAUUAAUUAUUACUAGGUGAAAAGUGGUGUGGCAGUCCUGCUCAGUUACACCGUUUUUAUGUCAGAGUAAGAAGAAUUGAAUCUAUGGUUCACAACAGAGCACAUGCAAUGAGUUUAAUUCAUCAGCAUAUUGAGAUUCAUGACAUCUUCUACUUAGAAAACAAUCAAUGCGGCUUCUUUACAGCUUCAUGCACGUGAGGGAGAGUCUGGCGUCGCACUGUUGUCCUCUUAUUUAAAUACAUUCUGUUCCGAGUAACUCUCCAUAGAGUGGGUACACGCUGUUAGGGGCUUGGACGUUAAGAGUCUUGCAGCCGUAUUCCGGGUCACGUGUGCUGAUGCAGGUUAAAGAAGCUGCAUUUAAAUCAAAGGAUGUCACUGAAUCCAGAGAUUUAAUUAAGCCUAACAUCACCUCAGCUGUUUAUGUGUGUCUGUAUGCACAUGUGUGUGUGUUUUAAAUUUUGGGAAAAUGAUGACUGCCACACUUAGGCCCAUAUUUGUCUCUUGAUCAAAACUUUAACAUAUUUAAAAAAUAAUAAUAUAAUUUGUUUGUUUGUUUUUUCAUGUAAUGUCUGAAAGAAGAGUCUUACUAUUUGUUGCUGACUAGUGAGUGACUGUAGAGGAGGGAGGGGCAGCCUGGGAUAUUCCCAGAACAGCUGCUUGGGAAGCGCUAUAGUGUAACCAGGGUUGUAGAGUUCGUAAUAAGAGCCGUAUUUGCAGAGCAACAAGAAGCAAUGUUCAACUGAAGGGGUGACAUCUCACUGACUUGAAGUUUUUUUUUAUUUUUUAAAUGUCCAAAUGAACUGGCACAGAGGACAGACUCGUGUUUUUAAAAGAAAGGUGUCGUUUUGAUAUCACACUUGCAUUGUAACCUUCCUGGUUUUAACUGAGCCAUUUUUAGAUGCGGCAGAUGCAAAGAUGAUUCAAAGGGAGGACAGCAUGUAGGACUCGGUCAAGGUGCGCGCUUGUGUCCACGUGUCUGCGUGUGCAUUAUAGGAUCUCUGCUGUUAGAUGUAACAUGAAAGGGCAUUGUGAUUAAGAGAUGAUCAAGAGCAACUGUUGAUAAGCUACUGCCUUUAUGUUCUGCUUAUUCUUUGUCUUUUUUUUUUUUAAACUUUUAUCCAUUCAUUGCGUUUAACCUCAUGAGAACAAUCUCUGAUUUUUAUUCUUGUUUUUUUCCUCUGACAGAUCAAAUGGGUUUGUAAAAGUUUUGAUUUCAAAAAUUGUGCCAAGUGAGUCUGACCCUGAGCACCACCCCUCCUCCUCUAAAUCACUAGUUCUGGUUUGCAUAAGGAUAUAAAGUAUUCACUGUGUGUUUGUAUACUGUAAUUCUCUCUGGGGUGGACGAUAAACAUACGCACAAGCAGUCAUUGUGCUGAUGACACACUGGCCAAUGCGAUUGCCCAGUUUAUUCAGGAAUGUUGGGUACGUGGUGCCAGAUUAAUUGCACAGUGCUGUGGCUCUCUGGCAUGUCAUUUCAUUUUGCAUUUAAUAUAUACGAUAGAGCUGUAAUUUAUAAGUUCCAGCUCAGUUUUGUACAGAACACCAUAUCAACAUUUCUAAGCUCCUGAUGUCAAAAGUCGUAGCUUUAGUUUGUGUCUGUUUUUAAAGGAUGGAGAAUAUGCACAUAAUGAAUGUAUCAAUCCUGCCUAAUUUCUAGAUUUUUUAAAAAUGAUUUGUUUGGUGAUUUACGAUCCCUCACUCCUUGUACUUCGUGAACUCCUGUCUAAUCUAUAUGUUAAAUCUGCCUCUCAAACAAAAUGUAACUUGUCCUAAUGACCAUUUUAAUUGAUUAUCUUUGGGGGGGUUUUUGUAUUUAUUACACAUAUUGAGGCCUGUAAACAUUUCUCAUUUUAAUAGCAAACCCUUUAUUUUGUUGUUUGAGUGCAUGAUGGCUAAAAUCAGUUUUGAACCUUUGUUUGACGGUGUGGUCCUGGUUGGUUGCGAAAGAGCCGGGGUACUUUCAGAAUUUGUUGGCCUUAUCGGGCAUCAUUUCUUCCGUUUGUUACCAUUGAAAGUGUUUAUUAUUCUUUGCUGGGUUCACGAAGUAAAUUAAACACACUGUUGUUCUGUCAUGUAUUUAUUUCUGGUUUAGAUUUUUGUCUUAAAUAAAUUAUGUUCUUUGUCCUUUUUAA